UCAUUUUGUAGGAUGAUAUGUCAGGCAAACUAGGAUUUGAUGAGUUUAAGGAGUUAUGGAAAAAUAUAAGAGCUUGGAAGUUGAUAUUCAGGGAGUUUGACAGGGAUAAUUCUGGUUCUUUCAACACCCAUGAACUACGUGCAGCUCUUCGCAGUGUGGGUUUCCGACUGAGCCACAAAGCGUUUGGUGCUUUAGUUCUUCGUUAUGGCAACAAGAGUGGUCUAAUUGAUUUCAACAGUUUCAUACACUGCUCUGUGAAAAUGAAAGGAAUGUUCAGGGCUUUCAAUGAACAUGAAUCUGGUGGGCAAACGAGAAUGGCUGUUGAUGAAUUCAUGCACGUAACCAUGUACUCCUAAGUAUAAGCUGACUGAAGAAUCUAAGAUCAAAUGAUAUUAUUUCAAGAAUUGUACAUGCAAAUGAUUUAUAGGAUUCAUUUCAGUGUAGCCCAUAUUGUUAAGGUAAGUAGUGAUGACUAGAUUGCAAUUAGUCUGUUGGUGUAUUUCAGCUGACUAUGAUUGCAGUGUAGCCCAUAUUUAUAAAGUUAGAAUAGUGUAGUUAGUUAGCAAUGUGCAAUAGUUCUUUUAAAAGAAUACAAGUUACAGAUUGUAUUGAACAGAAGACUUGACAUGCCCUCCCACUCAUUGUAAUGUGAUUUAAUGAGUUCACAGGAAUGUUGUUUGCCAUGGAAACAAACCAGUUGUCAAUUAUAAUAAAAAUUCAUGUACAAGUAAAUUUUAAAUAUGAUCUUAAGAAAUUAAAGGAAUGAAAUUAUGUCUUAGAAAUGUUUUAGAAUUGUCUGCCUGCGCAAAUCACAAUGUAGUUAUUUCCAUGUGCUUUUAUCCUUUAAAUUAUUCCCACCAGAACAUACAAAUUUAUAAUAGUAUAAUCUCAUAAUAUUUUUAAUUUAAAAGGAUAUUUAUUAGUUAAUAUAAUAGUUAAUAAUUUAAUCUCUAGAUCAAAUACUGAAAUAUUACUAACCAUUGAUUCAUUAUGUCUGCAUGUUUUUUUAUUUUACUAUCAUGAUCGGUAAUAAACAUCGAAAAAAUUAA